GCCGCUCAGAGAGACAUUCCGAUUGAUUGCACUGCAUUUUUGGUACUGGAUUUCAAAAAACAUUUUGAAAACUAUUUCUUGUCGAAGGACCAGAGCACUAUAGUCGUCUUGCCGCCGCAGUAUAUAAAAUCUACUGAAUGCUUUUGGAUUAUGCCGCAGCUUGAAAAAGUGAUGGCACAAAAUGGGUCGAUUGCACUGUUUCGAAGUCAUCUCUUGAGUGAGCAAGAAUGUUGGAUUAUGGUAGAUCUGGACACAAUGGUAGUGGAUCGUAUAUCUGCACCUCUCAGAGUUGCCGAGUAA